AUGGCGUCCCUACGACCUUUUAACCGCGUCGCGGACCGACUAUUACCACUACGGACGACACGCAUCGCAUACCCCUCUACAACCACCCCCACGACGUCCGGGUUCCUGAGCCGCAGAUGCAGCGCACGGUUCUACUCGAGCGAAGAGGCGCCGCCGCCGCCGCCCCUAUUACAAAAGAUUAAAGGCGAUCUAAAGACAGCGAUGCGCGCCAAAGACGCCCCCCGCCUAACCGCCAUCCGCUCCGUCCUCUCCGCCGUCCUCAACGCCUCCAAGACCGCAUCCCCCAUAACCACCGACGCCCAGCUAGUCGCGCUGCUGCGCAAGUCCCAGCGCGCCUCCGACGACGCCGCCGCCGAGUUCCAAGCCGCCGGCCGCCAGGACCUCGUCGACCAGGAGCGCUUGCAGGUCGCCAUUCUCGGCGAGUACGUCGCCGCGAGCGGCUUCGAGGAGAUCUCCGAGGCCGAGCUGCGCACCGUCGUCGCCGGCGUCCUCACCGCCAUGACCAGCGAGGCCGCCGCCUCCGUGCCCCCCACCACCGCCGGCGAUACCUCCUCCCCUCCCUUCGGCGUCGUCAUGAAGACCCUCUUGGCUCCCGACGGGCCCCUCGCCGGCAAGAACGUCGACAAGGCCCAGCUGGCCAAGAUCGUGAAGGAGCUGAAGGGCGCCAAUUGA